CCGCAAAGUAAUAAUUCCGUGUUGAAAUAACAGUUAUUAUUGUUUUCAUUGCCACUUGCUGUGKCUAGGGAAACAUCCACAACCUAACAACAAAGAUACACUCGGUUUAUUGCGCGGAGUUCCUCUUUCGUAUCGAAGCAAAACAGAAUUGUUAUUUUGACUCAUUAACAGAGAGAUUAUCUGAUGGAARAAAAGKAUGAAACGAAGACCAAACAUCAUUCCAAUUCAAAAUUGUCGUCAAACGAGUUAUCAAACUCGGAAAUCAAGUCAAUUUAUGAACUCAUAAAGCUUCAUGAGAAGUUCGAAAAGGAUGCAGUGCGCCAUUAUCGCAAAGGAUACUCGAGUCCAAGAGAAGUGGAUGUACAAACUAACAAUCCUUCAGAUGGAAGACUAGCAAAGCAAUAUUUCUCAAAUAAUGACGUCUAUUUACAAGAACUACUCAAGACUCAAGGAAGCCGAGAGAGGAAAACCGCAGAUUUUGGGGAAAAACUAUCGCUUAGRCUGCCUAAACUAGAAACUAUUGCACCAGAAAAUAAAGCCAUAUUUUACACCGCUUUGCCAGUAUUUCCAUCAGCUAAGAAAACCGAGAUGAGAAAACAUAUUUCAAGUCAUAAACGACAAAAAAGAAAGUUAUUAGGUGAUAUUAAAAACACUUUUAUUCAAGUUCGACCGUUGCCAAGCGACGAAUCUGUUCUUAGUGACAUCCAUGCCAUUUCCCAAGUCCGAGAUUCGAAUUGCACUAUGGGAUAUGAMUUUCUGCCUGACAUUGAUAUGUCGCAGUUACCUAGUAAACUAAAUGACGUCAUGAAAUUUAAGAAAGGUGGUGGUUUGUACAGAAGCAGUUUUCCUGGUGCCACAAACAAUGAUUUGAGUACUUAUAAGCAAUGUAGUAAGGGCGUGACGCAAGUAAAGGUAACGCUUUCUAGCAGGGGUGUAACGCAAGAGUAUAAAGAUCCAUCUARUAGUAAUAAAAAUCGAUCGAUAGACUUUUGUAAAACACCUCAAAAUUCUCCACGCAAUUCGUUGAUAAAAGAAUCAUUGGGAGCAAGGAAAGGACACAGCUAUGCUUGCCGCGGAGAUGGUGAUAAUCCCAUCAGUAUGUCAAAAGAAGAURGAAAAGUACAUUUUAGUAAGUACUUGACAAAGGUGCACAGAUAUUAUACGGUGAAAAACCUUUAAAUGAGACUUUGCCGAUGUUUGAAGUAUCAGUAUCACUUUCUGUAACCUACAACACUUCUCACGUUCGAGUAGGUAUUCAAAUCAGACAUAAAAAUCAAUAUAGCUACUACUCUGGCUUACCCUAUGUAGCCUAUAUUAUACGGUGAAA